AUGCUGAUCACAGUCUCCACGGCGCUGGCCGGUGCCUGCCUGCUCGUCUGCCUCGCCCUGUGUGUGCGCAGCCGUAUGGUUCGGGCAGCGCCCGUCCGACCACAGCUGCACGAGGCCGUGCUUGCGGCCAUCUGUAAACUCCGCGAGACCGACGAGGGUCCGUACGCGCAGAUGGCCGCCGAGGAGGAUGCAACGCGGGCCAAGGCGCGCGCGGCGGCGCUGCGAGAGCUCGCAAACGCCUCGGAGGAUCUCGAGGCGGCUGCAGCGGCAAGGACGGAGACAGAGGCGGUGGCAGCGGAGGAGGCGUCAGUGGCGCGGCUGUCGCUGGCGCGGCUGUCGCUGCGCGACGCUGCGAGCCGGCGAGCCGGCGAGCUUGAGACGGCCACGGCGGAGCACGAGGCGGAGCAGAAGGCGGCGCUUCGCACUGCGAUAGAGCGACGGGCGGCGGUCGGGGCGGCGCUAGCUACCAGGGAGCGUGAGGCGGCGGCGGCAGAGGCGGCGGUUGCCGAGGCGGCGAGGGUGGCGGCGGCGGAGGAGGCGGAGCGGGUUAGGACCGGGACGGUGGCCGAGGCGGUGGCGAGGGCGGUGGCGAGGGCGGCGGCAGUGGAGCAGGCAUCGUGCAGUGUUGCGGAGGCGGAGGCGGAGGUGGCGGCGGCAGAUGCAGCGCGAGCGGCGGAUGCCAUGGAGGCGGCGAGGGCAGAAGAGGCGGCGGCGAGGGCGGGGCUCGGCAUGGCCGAGGGCGAAGGUGAUGUGGCCAAGGCGGAGGCGCGUCUCGCAGAGUCGCAGCAGGCCGCCAGCCGGCUGAAGACGUGGUUUCAACUCGCGAGCCAGCGCAAGGCGGCGGCCGGCGAGGACCUGGAGGCGGCGGCCCGCGCUUGCAGCGAGCUCGAGGCGACGGUUGCGGAGGCGGCAGCUGUCAAGGCGGCUGCCACGGCCAGGGCUGCGACAGCAGUGGCGGCGGAGGAGGCUGCACGGACGGCGGCCGAUCUGGCCAGAGCCGAGUUGGCAGCAGCUGCAGCGGAGAUGGAGGUGGCAGAGGAGGCGCGGGCUAGCCUUGAGGCGAGGGUGGAGGUUGCGGCGGCGGGUGCGGCGGUGGCGAGGGCGGCGCCGCAGGGCGGCAUCGCCUACCGGAUGGCGCCUCCAGAGGAUAUCGCAGCCGGGACGCCGCUUCUCGAGAAAGUGCACGCCGCCGACCGGAGCCUGGCCGACGCACAGCGCGAUGUGGCUGCAGCGGAGGCGCGCCUCGCCGAGUCGGAGCAAGCCGCCAAGGAGCUGAAGGCGGCGCUCGCGGUUGCGGAGCGCGAGGCGGCUGAGGUGGCUGCUGCCGCCGCCAAGGCGGAAGCGGCGGCAGCCAAGGCGGAAGCCGAGCGUUUGGCAGCUGAAAAGGCGGCGGCAGUGGAGGCGGCGAGAGUGGCGGCGGAGGAGGCGGCGGCGGAGGAGGCGGCAAGAGCGGCGGCGGAGGAGGCUGAGGCGGCAGAGGCAGAGGCGGCGCGGGUGGCUAUGGGCCAACGGAUGGCGGCUGCUGCGUUGAAGCAAGCUGCAGCUCGCGCUGCGGCUGCGGUGGCAAAGAAGGAGGCCGAAGAGGCGGCCGAGGCAGAGGCGGCGCGGGUGGCUAUGGGCCAACGGAUGGCGGCUGCUGCGUCGAGGGCGGCUGCGGCGCGAGUGGCGGCUGCAGCGGCAAGGACGGAGACAGAGGCGGAGGAGGAGGCGGAGGAGGAAGCGGAGGCGGAGGCGGAGGCGGAGGCGGAGACGGCGCGGGUGGCGGAGGCGGCGCGGGUGGCGGCUGCUGCGCGGGUGGCGGCUGCUGCGCGGGUGGCGGCGGCGGCGGCGAAGACUGCGGCGGUGGCGGCGGCGGCGAAGACUGCGGCGGAGGCGGAGGCGGAGGCGGAGGCGGAGGCGGAGGCGGUGGUAGAGCGUCUACGACAGCUCGAUGGCGAGGCGCCGCCGACGCGCAGACGGCUGAGCGAUGUGCUAUUGGGGGUGGGUCCGCGGCUGAAGUCUACUCGCACUUCGCUCGGCGCCGAUUUAAUUGAUGCCGGCUCCGCUGCUGCCGCCUCCGCUGCUGCUGGCGAGGUAGUUGUUACCUCGUCGCCACCGCGCGGGGCCAGUUUCGACGUGGAGGGAGUUGCGGCCGAGUGCUACACCCCGUUUGACGCGAAGUCCGAGGCGGCCGCUGUGACGGGGAACGAGGUGGCGCCCCGGCGACGGAGCGGCCCGCGCUCGACAACGACCGCCCGUCGGACCAGCGACGCGCGAUCUGGCGACGGCGCUAACGGCGCGGAUGUCUCGAGCUUGCGGGACCUGGUGCGGGACGCCAAAGUUGCUGCCAAUGUCGGAGGCCGCAGGGCCAGCGUCGGGAGUACUCCUCCCCCAAAGCGCGAUCUGGAUAUGCUGCGAGAGCUGGGGCUGCUGUAG